AUGUCGACCAGCAACUUGAGCAACGUCUCAUCAAACGAAAAGGAUCUGGAUUGUGGACUAUUAUAUGAGCCAUACGUGUUCAAAGUAAGUUUGAUAGUUGUCUACUGUAUGGUCUUGUUGGUUGGCUUGACUGGAAACGCCCUUAUAAUCACCAUGGUGUACAAGCGGAAAGACUUAAGAAAGACUAUAAAUCAGCUUAUCGCCAACAUGGCAUUAUCUGACUUUGUCUUUCAGUUAACAUUCAUUCCAGUUGAGUUGGCAAAAGCAGCGUAUGGUCAAUGGCCGAUUGCUGAACCGGCCGGAUCAAUCGUCUGCAUGAUCCAGAGUUUUGUUAUUUAUGCCUCUGUCUAUGUUUCUGUACAAAGCCUAACUUGGAUUACAUUAGACCGGUUUAUAGCGGUAGUCUUUCCAAUGAAAGUCCAUCUGAUUUCCUCCAGAUUUCGCGUUUUGGCCAUUGCUUCCACGUGGAUCGUUGCCCUUUUGUGCUGCUCUGCUUCCUCUAUUGAUUCUAAAGUCGUGCACAAAAAUGGUGCACUUGACUGCACAGAGGAAACAAAUUCUCAAUAUGCUGGAGCGGCCGGUUCCUUUGCUUCGUUGAUUUUCAUAACAAUUUUUUACUGUACUAUAGCGGUAACUCUACGAAGGAAAAAUAAAGCGCUUCCCACUUCAGCUGUGAAUGGAAACGUUCAGAGAAAACGGCAAGCCAUGAAAAUGUCCAUUUGCGUCGUGGCAGCCUUUUAUUUAUGUUUAAUCCCUGUCAUUAUUAUUGCCUUGUUGUCAGGAAAAGUACUGGAAAGAUCAUGUUUGUUACUCAGAGUACUAUGGCCAUUUACUGGCCUGACGAUCAACCUUUCAAGCUCGGCAAAUCCAAUAAUCUGUUUCAUCUUUGUCGAAAACUACCGGCGUGGCCUGAGAGAA